ACCUGAUUAUCCAGCCGCCAGCGCGUGGGCGCCCGGAGGGUCGGGCAAUACACCGCAGGGUGCCUAACCUCGGCGAGCAGUAGCUACCUAUCUAGGUAGGUAAGGUGGUAGGCUGAUCGCGGUUGGUUCCCGUGGUCGUGGAUAUGCUCGCUCUGGUUCUCCUUUUUCUGCCAUCGCUGCUACGUCGGCGACGCGCAGGUGCCUCCCUACCUAGAUCUCCGUAUGGCCUGGGUCAGGCCGUGGCGUCUUCUUUCCUUCUCGUAGCCUACCGCAUCUGCUUGUCCCAUUCUCCGGCCGCCGCGGCCCAAGUCGGUCAGUCCCUCGAGCAGAUGGCGUGCCAUCCCCCAAAGACCUUCUUCCUCUGGUUCUCCUGCUCCUUUCCCCGACCGAUCAACCGAGCCCCGAGCGAUCUGAUUUCCGCACGCGCGUGGAGGCGGCGACGAUGGUCGUUGUCGCCGACGUGCAACUCGAAGCGAAGGGGUUCGUUCUACCUAGACCUCCCGUCUCGUGCCCGCCGUUACCCACCCUUCCCUCUGUCUGCCUUCCUGCCGUGCAACACACACGGCGCGCCCUAUAAUAAGUAAUUGCACAUCUUUCUCUCCCUCCUCCGCCUCCCCUCCCCUCCCCUCCCCUAUCAUCCCGAAGGCGCUUGCGAUCCGCGCCGUAAAUCAGAUUUUGUUAUUUGCUUUCUCUCUUUUCCUUCUCCCCCUUCUCGGUCCCGCUGUUGUAUCUCCUUCCCGCCCAAGCCCCUCCCCCUGUUCACC